AUGGCAGACUAUUCUCAAUACCAGGGACCGAAUCCUGAGUGGGAGGAAUUCGUUCGAGUGACUGAAAUACCUCCAGUCGGGCUGGCACCGGGAGAAACCCCUGCAGACCUCCGACAGUCAAGGAACGCUCUGCGUGAGAAAGCAUCCAAGAUAGAGCUGCAGACAUCAGGACUCUUGGAGAAAGUGAGCUGGCAAGACGCGGAUAUUCCAACGCGCGAUAACUCAACCGUCCCGGCUCGCAUUUACAAACCAAAAGGCGUUGAUCUCUCCGCUACCGGACCACUUCCGGUCUAUGUCUUCUUCCAUGGCGGUGGUUACCUUUUUGGAAGCCUCGAGACAGAGGACGCAAACUGCGCCCGUGUCAUUGCAAUGUCCCCAGAUCCAGUUAUCGUUGUCCACGUGAACUACCGUCACACUCCGGACUUUAGGUAUCCUACCCAGCACAAUGACGCCUGGGACGCAUUCCUAUGGCUCAGCAAGAAUAUCACCUCCAUUGGCGGCGACCGCGGAAAGGUAAUUGUGGGUGGAAUUUCCGCAGGCGGAGGCAUCGCGGCUUCUGUUGUACUCAGGGGACAAGACCAACAGCAUUCAGCAGUGGACUUGAAAAUCAUCGGCCAAAUGCUCCUCAUUCCGUGGAUAAUACAUCCAAAAGCGUAUCCGUUCGACCUGCUAGUUUCCAAGGAACGGUCCAGCUUUAUACACAACGCCGAUGCCCCCAUACUCCCACAUUCUCAAAUCAACAUGUUCAUCGAUGUCUUUGAUAGCUUAGACACCGACCCGACGGACAUCCUUUUAAACCCGCCGCUGGCUCCGGACGAGAAGGUCAAAGGCAUGCCCAAGACUGUCAUUGUGGCUGCAGGGAUGGACCCCUUACGAGAUGAAGCAUUAUUGUACGCUGACAAGCUGAAUAGAAACGGGGUGCCGACCCAAGUAUACGUCUUCCCCGGUCUGCCACAUGGCUUCAGACGAUUCGAUAGUCUGAAAGCCAGUACGCGAUGGGAUGAGGUGACUGUCGAAGGAAUUCAGUGGUGCUUGUCGGAUAACCGCGAGAGCUCAACCAAGAUCGAAUUAUAA